AUGAACGUCGAUCUGGCACCGCCGGACGAGAUGAAUGGCGAGACCAUCGCGAUCCUCGUCCUCUUCAACUUCCAUUGCCGCAUUCAACUGAAUGACGAGGCGCAGGUCGCUCGAAAGAAGCUUCUCUUGUUUCUCAUGCACAAGAUCUACCAGACCUGCCCGCCUUCAGCCUCGUAUACGGCCUUUGCAGACGAGCUCAGAGUGGCCAUGGACGGCGACGAGGACAAUGGUCGAAUUAUGAUCGACUACCUCGAUGGCAUGCUCAACCUGCUCGAGGUUCCAGAUGGCCUCACGAAGCUCUUCAACGAGAAGCUCAACAGGGUCAUGCCCAGCUACGAACCUAUGGGGAUGCUCAACGCGACCGACAUCUUCUUCGAGCGACGCUCCUUCUUCGGUCUCUUCUUCCGUCGCAUCAAGCUGAUCUUUGAUAGCUUAGACUUGCAAGCGAGGAAUCGCUUGACGCUCGCCGCACGCGCGUGGAAGGAUGGCCUGCUUCCAUCUCCACAUGAUCGCGAGCGAGCAGAUCUUGAAAUUUCGAGUCAACCAGACGCAAGGCUGAGCGCCUUUCGAGACUACCAGCUGGGCUUGCUGCGCGGCGACUAUGCAAUGGCCAAGGACAACAUGGAAAGGUUCUUUGACUUUUACGCUCCCGGCGCUGACCGUGAACUUCAUCAACACACGCUGCUCCACCUGGCCGCAUUCCACGUCCGGAACGAGAGCUUCUCCGCCGCGAGAGCAGCGCUAGACGAGGCCAUUAGCCUCGCGCGAUCCGCGAAUGACAGCGACUGCAUCUCUGCUUGCGAGAGUCUCAUGCUGAGGAUCCAGGGCGUCGGCACCAGCACACUCGCUAGCAUUCCAGAAGUGGAAAGCUCGAUGACGAGUGACAGACUUCGACAGCCUGUAAACGAUUCCCUGUGGCGAGCACGCUGCAGCAUUGCAAGGGGACGCUCUGCAGUCGAGACGCUCCAUGACUUGGAGGAUAGCUUUGCCCCAAAUCAACCGUCCAGGGAAGCGUUGGCGGCCUCAGAGGCCUCGCUGGAAGUCGUUGAAGAUGCUAAGCGGCGCUUGGGCAGGGAUACAAUGCAAAGCGACGUUGAAAUUGGCCGUCUAUGGGACCUGUUGGGCCAGCCAUCGCUCGCUGAUGUCUACCAGGACCGGGUAGACACAGGGUCGAGCGGCACGGUCAUGUCAACGUUGCAGGCGGAAGGUCGAAUGGACUGUAUCUGCCACAAGGCAAAGAGACUUUCACGCAUGGGUCGUUACGAAGAGGCUCUCAGUUUGCUCGUCUCCCCUUCCUCUUUCGAGGCGAUCUCGUUCAACGAAUACACCACCUGGCACCGGGCCAUUGCAGAUGUACUACGUUUGAAGGCUACCCGCAGACAAGACGAAGCAGUGCUGCAUCUUCUAGCCGAAAGUUUCCCAGCUCGCGAUGCGGCGCUUCUGGACUACGAUAUCGAAGACGCCGUCGACACACCGAGCGCGUUGGUCGAGCUUGCGCUUCGCUAUCUCGAAUCUAGCAAGUCGAGCCUGACUGAGAAGGUCAUGGGAUCGCAUUUCAGAGGCUUCAGUCGACUGACGGCCGAAGAUGCGGCGGAAGCAUUGCUGGAGAAAGCGGCUCAACGAGUGCAAAGCAGUCAACCAAUGUUGUCGCUAAUGCCGACGCUGGCCAGUCUUUCUAUCGCCAAGGACAUGGAUUGCAGUCGCUUGAUCCUGCGUGCGAGGGUGCAGCUCGCCGAGACGUUGGGACUGUACCUCCAGAUGCCAGACGGAGCACGGCUGCUCAUGGAACUGGAUCUGCCGAACUGCCUGUCCAGUGAUGACGUUGAGCUGCGAGCGCGUGCGCAGUGGACAUACGCACGCGUGUUGCUCUCGUGUUGGAACAAGGACAAGCUAGAGCCCGACGACUUGACAAAAGUGCUACACUGGCUGCAAAAAGCUGAGCGAGAUGCAGAACAGGUCGAGUGCCUCGCGCUGCAGACACAAAUUCUCUACUAUAUGCUGCGGCUUCACCAUCACACUGGCAACGUAAAAGAGGUCGACACAGUAACUGCACGCUUAGGACAGGUCGAGCGUAGCUGGUCGCGCUCGGACGAGUCGCAAGAUCAGGCCUGCCUCGAACAGGCUCGACAGAUCCUGGCCAUUGCCGUCUCGGUUGCAGGCUACGUGGCUAGUGGCGAAUCAGCCAAUAAAAGGCUUGUCGCUGCAUAG